AAAGCAGAGCGGAAGUGAAUGAGAGAGUGGAGCACAGAGAGUAAACACAGCUGUAGGGGUGAAGCUGAGGGUCUGAAUGAACUGAGAUAUCUCCCGCUGGAUUAAAGCAGUGAGGGCUGGAAGAUGUCUGGAGCCGCUGCGGCGCUGGAGGCGCGGGUCUGGUCGGUGAUGGAGAGCCUGGCGAAGGCGGCGGCGACGGAGAUCUGUGCGCUGGUGGACUCGCAGUGCGUGGAGAUGCGGCUGGAGAUCCGGAGGAGCCAGGGCGAGAUCCAGAGCCUGAGGGGGAAAGUGAGGGAUCUGAGGGCAGCUCUGAGAGAGAAACCCCUCUCCACUGCCCCUCAGAUCAACCCUCAGAUCGGAGAGGCAGAGAGAGAUAUGAAUGCUGAUGAUCUCCACCAGGAGGCCAAUUGUGAGGAUAAAGAGGAAGAUAAAAAGACAAGUUCCUCAGGACUGAUAAACUUUCAUGAGGAUUCCAACCUAGACUUUGUGAAUUCACAUCUUAACUCUGGUAUUACACACACUGAGUUUAGACAGCCCCAGAUCCUCAGUGACUCUCUGAAUUCUGAGGAUAAAGCAGAUGCAGGAGGACUCAACACAGCAGCUGUAAAACUGGAGGCCGGAAGUUACUCUGUGUCCACAGCAGAGUGUGACUUUGAGAACUCCCAGAAUGACCAGAAGCUAUGCACAGAUGCACAAGAGCCAGAGAUGGGUGAUGGAGACAGUCCAUUUGGCAAUAUAGAAGACUUCCAUCCCCAGUCUUAUUAUCCAGUGCAGUCCAGUCAGUCUGAAGAGCCAUCGUCCUGCAAAUACGAUGCAGUCUUAAUUCGUAUGAAUGAGCCGAGAAACAGUAAAGGGAAUCCAAGUAGGGUGGAGUUUAAGAUCGAGCCAGAGGAGGAGCCAAUAGAGGAAAGGAUAAAUGAACUGCCACCCUGUGAGAUGACGGACGGCGAUGGUUUGCCAUGGCCCUUUUUGACUGCCGGGAACUUCGAGACACAAGGACACGUCGACAAUCCAUUUGGCAGAAUAGAAGACUUCCAUCCUCAGUUUCAUUAUUCAGCGCAGUCCUAUCAGUCCGAAGAGGCAUCGUCCUGCAAAUACAAUGCAGCAUUUAGACGUAUGAAUGAGUCGAAAAAUGGUGAAGGGAAUCCAAGUAGAAUGGAGUUUAAGACUGAGCCAGAGGAGGAGCCAAUAGCGGAGAGGAUGAAUGAAUUGGCACCGUGUGAGAUGACAACCAGCGAUGCGUUAUCAUGGCCCUUUUUGACUGCAACUAACUUUGAGAUACAAGGUUCUUCUUCUCAAACUGACCCCCAGCUGUUUCAGCUUGCAGGGACCAGUGACCAGAGUUUACCCUCUUGCAUUAUAAGGAAUACAGUCCUUCCUUGUGCAAAACAGCCGAAGACAAGAAACAUGCAGGCCCAAAUUCAAGUCAGAACCGUCCAACAGAACUCAGUUGGCAGUUUGUCGGCGAAGCAGACCAAGGUGAAGAAUCAGCCGAAAACAAGAACGCACAAGCGCUGGACUUGUUCUUAUUGUCCUAAAAGCUUCAACAACACGUCCACCCUGAAUAGACAUCAACGCAUCCACACAGGCGAGAAGCCAUUUGGCUGUGCGGUGUGUGGGAAACGGUUUGCCGACAGAGGGAACCUCAUCACCCAUGAGAGAGGGCACAGUGGCAGCAAACCGUAUAUCUGCCAGCAGUGUGGAAAAAGCUUUGCCCAUUGCUCCAAUUUAACCGCCCAUCAGCGCGUUCACACUGGGGAAAAACCCUUCUGUUGUUCGCUGUGCGGGAAGUCAUUUGCUUGGCAUUACCCUUUCAAAAGACACAUGGCUCUGCAUGGUCAGAAUGGCCCAACCAAAGGACUAUAACGAUGACUCUACACCUUUUGCUGCCAGGUCAAGUUUUCUAAAAUAUAAACAAGGUCAUUGUCUGGAAUUGUUUGUGUGCAGUACUGUGCAAAAGUCAGUGACCAUCCUCCAUUUAUUUUAUUUGUUAGUCUUAAAUGUUUAGGGUCAGGAAGAAAAGCACUGCCGUCAAAUAGCUUUGAACCAUCAAGGCACAGACUUGUCAAGCCCACUAAACAUGUUCUGUGAAAUGUGGCACUAUGUAGACAUCUGUAGUAGAUGUCCUAUAAUAUGUGGGGACUUUGCGUCAAUAAGCCGUGGGUGCCAUUGGUCCAAAGUCUGAACCAAGGUAGAUGUUUUUGUUAAUUGGGUAGAUGCAGUCCAGAAGAGUUGGUCUCAGCUGGCUUUGCGACUGAAUGCCUUUUAGAUCUUAGUUAUAGUCUGUUGUCAUCAGACGUUGAUGUGUUAUUAGUUUGGCGAGUUAUCUUUCCAGUUGUUGUGCCAAAUACUGCCUUCCUCCGAGUAUCUGAUUGCAGCAGAUUGAGUGUAAUAGAUUAUUCCUUUUAUUUCUGUCUAAAAAUAAGAGUUAAUCUACAGUUACAGUAGAUACAGAAUCACCAGCGAAAUCUGUUGUCCAUACAGCUGUGUGAUGCAUAUGCCUGUAAAGGCAAGAUUAUUUACGGCCGUUGCUGAAGCAAGUCAUUCUUAAAAAUACCCUGAUUAUCCUGUAGUGUGGGCCAGGUCUUACUGUAUAUAUUCUGUAUAACUAACAUUAUUUUAAAUAAAAUCUUUGCCGAUGUUGCCGUCUGAUGACUAAUAGUUGCAGCUCUAGUCGAUCAUUAUUGGCUUUAGCUUUAGUCUUUAAUCAUUUGUUACUAAUACUUUUCUCCCUGUUCAUGCUUUUCUAUCGUAUCGAUCUCAGUAUCUGAAACUUGAUCACACAUGUU